GUUGUGCUUGCUGAAUCAGUCUUUGUGCUCAGAAAUCAGGAUUACAGACUACGUGAGUCUAUUUGCCAGAAAACUAACAUGGAUUCCACUGAUGCAUGCUUGUCCCAAGUCAUCACUACAGAGUUUCUCACCUGUGGUAUUUGCCUGGAACUUUAUAAGACUCCCAAAAUCCUACCUUGUCUUCACAGCUAUUGCCAAGUUUGUUUGGAAAAAAUAGUCAUCGAACAAAUACUACGAUGUCCAGCGUGUCGAGAAGUUACAGAAGUCACUGAAGGGUGUGAAAAACUCAAAACUAACUUUUUCAUUAACAGUCUUUUGGAUCUUGUCCAAUCCAAAACUGACCUCAUGUGUACUUUGUGCCCAGUCUUGGGUAAAGAUUCAAGUCAGAGGGCCACAUCAAGAUGCUUGGAUUGUUCAGACAACCUCUGUCAAACGUGUGCAAGUGGUCACCACUUCUCACGCCUCACGCAUUCUCAUUUGGUAGUCAGCAUUGAAGACUACUUAGCAGGAAAAUAUGAUGAGGAUGUCCGACGGCGUCAAACAGUACUUUGUCAAGACCAUCGCAGUGAAAGCCUGCAAUAUUUCUGUGAACAAUGCUCUUGCCUGAUUUGCAGGGAGUGUCGACUCCUUAAUCAUGUAGGUCACGAAUGUGCUUCCCUUUUGGCUGCAGUUGAAUCUCACAAACCUCUUAUACAGGAGCUUCUUACAGGAGUAACAGAAACAAUAACAAAAAUCUGCAGAUACAGAAAAGAGCUAGAGGACAACUUACAUCAUCUCAAGAAUCAAGAAGCUUCAAUCAGACAAAUGGUUGAAAGAACAGUCUCUUCUCUAAUUAAAAAAUUGCAGUCCAACAAAGAGGACAUUUUUCAACAGCUCAACAACUUUGUAGCACAGACGGAGAAGGUCUAUGAAAUUGCUAAAGCAGAUAUUGAAUUUCAAGAGGUGACAGCCAAGAGCAUUAGGACAUUUUCUGAGAAGGUCCUCAGUACUGGCCAAGAAGUUGAGAUACUUGCCCUAGAGAGAAUAAUCACUGCGAGGCUACAGAAGCUGCAGUCCUUUGUGCACGAAUACCCCAUCCAAAGCAAUCUUCCUCAGCUUCACAUUAAGAGAGAUACAGUGUCUGAAUGUGACUUAUUUCAGCUGACAGUUGGUAACAAACAUAUAACUCAGGCAUUUCUGGAGGCUCUGUCAACAUCUGAUAGAGAUGAGACACCAUCAAAAAGUUUAGUUUCAAACACAAGUCUGUCUCCACAACUCAGUGGUAUAAACAGAUCUACAAUUCCACUACCCUCUUUAUAUUGUAAAUUCAACAUUAAAAUCCCAAGUGAUAAAAAGAAACCCAAGAUUACUGCAGUGUGCCCUUUUGGUACAGAUCAAAUACUUGUAGCAGAUGGUGAUAACAGGGUUUUAAAAAAGUUUUCAUUAAAUGGGGAGUUCAAAGGCAAAAUUAAUGUGUUAAACAAUAGGGAACCCUGUGGAGUUUAUGUUAUUAGUAACAAAAUUGCAUAUUCUGCAGGGUCACAACUGUACAUGACUGACAGCUUAGGUGACCUGCUAUGGCAAGUUUUCCUCCCUGGUAUCCAUUGCGCUGGUGGUGUGACAGGUAUGGCUGAAUGGAUCGCUGUGUGUGGUGGGUCACAGGUCAUAAUUUGUGACUUGCAAGGUGCUAUUUUGAAUACAAUUUGGCCUGGUGGCUGCAGUCAAAGCAAUUUUAUUUUUGUUACCAGAAACAGUAAAGGGCAUCUUAUAGCAUCUGACUGGUAUAAAAAGGACAUCAUCAUAUUUGAUAAAAGUGGAAAAAUCAUAGGUUCAUGUGAGGCUCCAGACUCACUUGCCUACCAACCGGGUGGUGUUUGUGUGGAUAAAAAUGACAAAAUCUAUGCUGCCUUCUAUGAGCUCAUUAAGGUUGUACAGUUUUCUCCAAAUGGGAAAAUUGCAGCAGAUUUCGUGACUUCUGCUGAUGGUAUCCUCAAACCUCGGGCCAUUGCUGUUGUUGAAAAUCACUUUUUAGUUGUGACUCAAGCACAGGGAUUCAUUAGUGUCUUCAAGAUGCAAUAAAAACUGCAGAAAUGGCAGUCAAACUCUGAAAGUCACAUGAUGCAUUCAUGUUUUUAGCUUUAUAUCUGAAAAUAUAAGGAAAAAUAAAAGUGGGAUAAAUUACAAAUCGCUGUAUUCCGACCAUGAGAUUACUGCUUUGAAUUAUUGUACCGUCCCACUCUCUUGCUCUCUCUCUAUCUCAGUGUCAUACACACACACACACACACACACACACACACACACACACACACACACACACACACACACACACACACACAUGCACACACAUUUGAGAAAACAUACAUGCACUAACACCCCCACAUAAAUGCAUGUGCACACAUACACACAGACAAACACACACACAUAUGCACAGGUAAUGAUAC